CCCAAAGAGUUGCUUCAGCUUUUCGCCUCUUAGUUUAGCCAGCUGUCAGUUUAUGCAGUUGCCUUAACAUUUAUGUUUUUUGUUAGUAUUUUCCUCUUAGAUAAGUUGUAACAACUACGUAGUUUUACAAAAUGCCAAAAGGAGGCAAAAAAGGUGGCCACAAAGGUCGCAUGCGCACGUACACAAGUCCCGAGGAGAUAGAUGCUCAGAUGAAAGCAGAAAAAGAGAGGAAAAAGCAUGAACAAGAGGAGGAAGGGGAAGAAGGAGCAUCUCCUAAAGACACAGCAGAAGAGAAGCUACCAGGAUCUGACUCAGAGGACAGCGACGACGACGAUUCCCUGAGAAAGAGAGCCGGAGUGGAGGGAUUGAUAGAAAUCGAGAAUCCCAACAGAGUGGCUCAGAAGUCUAAGAAGGUGACACAGAUUGAACUGGAUGAGCCGCGGCAAUUAUCAAGGAGAGAGAGAGAAGAGAUUGAGAAGCAGAAAGCGAAGGAGCGGUACAUGAAGAUGCACCUGGCCGGGAAGACGGACCAGGCCAAAGCAGACCUCGCCCGCCUCGCCAUCAUCAGGAAACAAAGAGAGGAGGCAGCAAAAAAGAAAGAAGAAGAGAAAAAAGCAAAAGAAGCAGCAGCAGAGGCGGCGGCGGCAGCCAGAGGGGUGAACUCCCUCUCUCUGAAAUGAUGCCGAGUCUUUAUCAGAGGCUUCUUCACUCAUUCGUGGACUGGUGCGAUAUACAUUUGACUAUUUUUAACGGAAGAUCAUUGAAGAGUGUUUGACGACACUGCGACAAUGAACAGUUGUAAAAAUGAUUGAGGAGACUUGGAGAGGGCGAAGAGGGGAUUGGGUGUAUUUGGCAUGGAGUAACGGCUCAGACUCCCUCCAGGGGAUAAAAGCUACAAAUGAGAAUGCAUUGAUCUUCACGUGCACUUGGAAUGAACCCCUCAAUGUUAAUCACGGUAUACUUAUCAUUGUACAAUUCCAACUUUGCUAAGUGAGCUUUGCCACUAUGUCAUUUUUUUUGGGGGGGGUCUUACAUUGUAUAUAACUGACUCAUUAAAACAAAUUUUAAGAUGAAUUAUAUGAAACCAGUAAAAACGUGUCUAUUC